CAGUUCAAGUGCCCCUCCCUGAGCGGGGCGGAAGGCACAGGUCAGCCGCCUCUGCGCUGAUUGGUCAAUCUUAGCUCGGUCUUCAUAUCCCAGCAUUACUGGCGGUGCCUCCCUCUUUUCCCGCGGCCAUUUUUCUGCAGACGGUGCUUUCACCGUUCAAUAAGCAACAAUGGCCCCAAGUCGGAAUGGGAUGAUCCUGAACCCUCAUUUCCACAAGGAUUGGCAGAAGAGGGUCCGUACUUGGUUCAAUCAGCCAGCCAGAAAAAUACGCAGACGGAAGGCACGGCAAGCUAAAGCACGUCGCAUUGCUCCACGACCAGUUGCUGGCCCCCUUCGACCAGUUGUUAGAUGUCCCACUGUAAGGUAUCACACUAAAGUACGUGCUGGACGAGGCUUCAGCUUGGAAGAAUUAAAGGCAGCAGGCAUCAACAGGAGAGUGGCACGUACUAUUGGUAUUGCAGUUGAUUAUAGGCGUCGCAACAAGUCAACGGAAUCUAUUCAGUGUAAUGUUCAGCGUCUAAAAGAAUAUCGUUCUAAGUUGAUCAUCUUCCCAAGAAAGGCAUCUGCUCCCAAGAAGGGAGAUUCCUCAGCUGAAGAAAUUAAAGUGGCAACUCAGCUAACUGGUCCUGUCAUGCCAAUCAAGAAUGUGUACAAGAAGGAGAAAGCUAGGGUAAUCUCAGAGGAUGAGAAGAAUUUCAAGGCUUUCGCAAGUCUUCGUAUGGCCCGAGCAAAUGCCCGUUUGUUUGGAAUCCGUGCCAAGCGAGCAAAGGAGGCAGCAGAGCAAGAUAUUGAGAAAAAGAAAUAAAAUUUUUAGAAAUCGAACUUUUACAUCUAAAGCUUGUGAGAAAUAAAUUGUCAUUCUUCACAA